UCUGCCGCAGUCUACCUAUUCUCUUUUAUAUUCCUUCUCUGACAAUCGGUUGUUAUUUUUACAACCACUUGUUGCAGUACCUUGUAUAAGAGACUCGUACUAGAGACGUAAAUUUCCAGCAAACUUUCAGUGUGUACCCUCUAUAGUAAACACGAGGCGACCUCAGAACUAUCCCACUAGGACUACGUCAAGACCUGAUAACCACUGUGUUUUAAUGAUGUCACAACACGUUUAGUGGGUACCCUGACCACAGAGGUACAGGUCAUAUGUAUUCGCAGUGUCCACAGCGCAUGGCAGAUCAAAUAUGGCUACACAAGAUGAGAAUUUGCAUGUCUCCGACAACACCCAACAGCAGGUGACUCCACAUCAUGAAGAGCGUCCAGACUACUUCAAUGUUAUGAAUGCCACACAGGAACCGUUGAUUGAACAAGAUGAGUUUCAGCAUGGCAUAGUCGGAGUGGUAGUUGAUAAUGAGACAAAUGAGCUCUUGAAUUUCUAUGAGGCUUAUGUAAAGGAGAAAGAGGCCGAAACAGAACCUACAGUUGUACAAGGAGGGACCACCUUUCGAAGCACUGAACAUUCAACACCUGAUUCUGAACGAGUUCCACAUAAUGAAGAUGAGGAGCGUAAUGUAUUUGAAUCUGAGCACCAGAGGAGAAGAAUAUCAUGUGAUACAGUUUAUUCAUGUGAGGUAUGCAGUGAGACAUUCAACUCCUACAAUACACUGGAAUGCCAUAUGUCAGUCCAUAAUAAACAGGAAAUAUAUUCGUCUAAUGUAAAGCCAUACACUUGUGAUGUAUGUAGUAAAUGUUUUAACCAUAAAUCAGCAUUGCAACGGCAUUUUAUUAUACAUACUGGUGAGAAGCCAUAUAGUUGUGAUGUAUGUAAUAAGUGUUUUAAUAGAAAAUCAACACUGCAACAGCAUUUGUGGAUACAUAAUGGUAAGAAGCCGUAUAGUUGUAAUGUAUGUAAUAAGUGUUUUAAUACAAAAGCAACACUGCAACAGCAUUUGACGACACAUAGUGGUAAGAAGCCAUAUAGUUGUAAUGUAUGUAAUAAGUGUUUUAAAAGAAAAGCAACACUGCAACAGCAUUUGACGACACAUAGUGGUAAGAAGCCAUAUAGUUGUGAUGUAUGUAGUAAAUGUUUUAACCAUAAAUCAACAUUGUAUCGGCAUAUGUUGAUACAUGUUGGUGGGAAACCUUAUAAUUGUGAUGUAUGUAAUAAGUGUUUUAAUAGAAAAUCAACUCUGCAACAGCAUUUGUCGACACAUAGUGAAAAGAAAUCAUAUAGUUGUGAUGUAUGUAGUAAAUGUUUUAAUACAAAAUCAACAUUGCAAGUGCAUUUAUCGACACAUAGUGGAAAGAAACCUAUUAGUUGUGGUAUAUGUAGUAAAUGUUUUAACAGAAAAUCAUCAUUGAAAUACCAUUUGUUGACACAUACAGGUGAUAAGCCAUAUAGUUGUGAUGUAUGUAGUAAAUGUUUUAAUACAAAAUCAACACUGCAAGUGCAUUUGUCGACACAUAGUGGAAAGAAACCAUUUAGUUGUGAUGUAUGUAGUAAAUGUUUUAAGAUAAAAUCAUAUUUGCGACAGCAUUUGUCGACACAUAGUGGUAAGAAGCCAUUUAGUUGUGAUGUAUGUAGUAAAUGUUUUAAUAGAAAAUCAACACUGCAAGUGCAUUUUUUGACACAUAGUGGAGAGAAACCAUUUAGUUGUGAUGUAUGUAGUAAAUGUUUUAAUAGAAAAUCAAGAUUGAAAUACCAUUUGUUGACACAUAGUGGUAAGAAGCCAUAUAGUUGUAAUGUAUGUAGCAAAUGUUUUAAUAGAAAAUCAACUCUGCAAGAGCAUUUGUCGACACAUAGUGGAAAGAAGCCAUAUGGUUGUGAUGUAUGUAGCAAAAAUUUUAACAGAAAAUCAACAUUGCAAAAGCAUUUGUUGAUACAUACUGGUGAAAAGCCAUAUAGUUGUAAUGUAUGUAGCAAAUGUUUUAAUAGAAAAUCAACUCUGCAACAGCAUUUGUCGACACAUAGUGGAAAGAAGCCAUAUAAUUGUGAUGUAUGUAACAAAUGUUUUAACAUAAAAUCAACAUUGAAAAAGCAUUUGUUGAUACAUACUGGUGAUAAGCCAUAUAGUUGUAAUGUAUGUAGUAAGUGUUUUAACAGAAAAGCAACAUUGAAAAAGCAUUUGUUGAUACAUAAUGGUGAGAAGCCAUAUAGUUGUGAUGUAUGUAGUAAAUGUUUUAACCAAAGAUCAAAUCUGCAACGGCAUAUGUUGAUACAUACUGGUGAUAAGCCGUAUUAAAUGUAUAAUUCAUGUAGGUGUAAGUAUUUGUAAGACAAGAUAAA